CGGCACGACUUGCCUCUUGUUUCGAUAUCUUUGUGAAUCCACUCGGCCACCAAACGGCCGCCACCGCAAUCAUGACCGACGAACUCGAUGAGCGCAAGCCCCGCAAGUCCGUCGCAUUUGCCGACGGCGCCCAGAUUGUCGACAGCGAUGGUCAGGUCAAGGAUGUCAACGACGCCGACGAGGGCGACAAGGCCGUCGACGAGGUGACGGACAUGUUCAGCAACCUCGCCAAGAAGAAGAAGAAGAAGUCGUCCAAGUCCAAGGAGGGCGACGAUGAGGCUGCUGCCGCCGACGGCGAAUUCGACCCGUCGGCGCUGAAGAAAAAGAAGAAGAAGAAGAGCAAGCCCGCCGACGCCGACGACUUCGAGGCCAAGCUCGCCGAGGCCCGCGCCGGUGACAAGGAGGAGGAGGAAGAGGAGGCUCCCAAGGAAGAGGAGCCGGUGCAGGAGGGCGACAUGGAGAAGGGCACGGGUAUCUGGGCGCACGACAACACGACGCCGAUCAACUACAACCAGCUGCUGAACCGUUUCUUCACCAUGCUGCACUCGCACCACCCCGACCUCGCCUCCAGCGGCUCCAAGAGCUACAAGAUCCCGCCGCCCCAGUGUCUGCGUGAAGGCAGCAAGAAGACCGUCUUUGCCAACAUUGCCGAGAUUUGCAAGCGCAUCAAGCGUACCGACGAGCACGUCACGCAGUUCCUAUUCACCGAAUUGGGUACGAGCGGUUCCUUCGACGGCAGCAGGCGGUUGAUCAUCAAGGGUCGCUUCCAGCAGAAGCAGAUUGAGAACGUCCUCAGGAGAUACAUCGUCGAAUAUGUCACCUGCAAGACGUGCAGAUCGCCUGAUACGGAGCUCAACAAGGGCGAGAACCGUCUCUACUUUGUCACGUGCAACUCUUGCGGCUCCAGGCGCUCGGUCACGGCCAUCAAGACUGGUUUCUCGGCCCAGGUCGGCAAGAGAAGGAAGCAGCGUGGUUAGAGGUGAUCGCUUAUGGCGUAUCCUUCUAUUUUCAAUCAUGGCUGGCGAUGGACGGGAAAAAAUUGAUGGCACGACACAUGUCUUCUUUGGAUCAGAGGUAGCAGGUGUAAAAAAAAAGUAAGACGGCAAAUGAAAAUAGCACGUCUCUAC